ACUUGAAAACUCUCCAGAACACGAAACUGGACUCUGACUUUUUUUUUUUUAUCUUUUCUUCUUCCUUUCACACUGGCAAUGAGAUCAUCUUUGUAAGUUUCACCUACAUAUAUAAAUUUUCUUUCUUUCAGGAGGGCCGAGAACUUUAAUUGUUUGGAAUUGGAAGCCAUGGGAGUAGCAGCUGCAGAUAAUCGUGAUCAGGCGCCACUGUUGCAAGCUCAACCAGCGGAGAUUCCUUUCAAGAGAACUGGGAAUGUAUGGACGGCUGUAGCGCAUAUAAUAACAGGGGUGAUAGGAUCAGGAGUGCUGUCUCUGGCAUGGAGCAUGGCUCAGCUAGGGUGGAUUGCAGGCCCAUUAGCGAUGCUGUUCUUCGCUUUAAUCACCCUUCUUUCUACAUUCCUUCUCUGCGACUCCUACCGAUCUCCUGACCCUGAAUAUGGCCCCGCCAGAAAUCGCUCCUAUCUUGAAGCUGUUUACGUGAAUUUAGGGAAAAGAAAUGCAUGGGUGUGUGGCCUCUUCGUACAAAUAAGCUUAUUCGGGACAGGCAUUGCCUAUACAAUCACCUCCGCUAUCAGUAUGAGAGCAAUCCAGAAAUCAAACUGUUACCACAAGGAAGGGCACGAGGCUUCAUGUGAUUUUGGAGAUUCCUCUAAUAUGUUAGUCUUUGGAGUUGUCCAAAUUGUACUGUCUCAGAUACCCAACUUCCACAAUUUACAAUGGCUAUCAAUUCUUGCUGCAUUCAUGUCCUUCACCUACUCUUCCAUUGGAUUGGGACUUGGCCUCGCAGAAGUUGUAGGUGAUGGAUAUGUUGAGGGCAGCAUAGGAGGAAUAUCAAGUUCAAGUGCAGCUGAGAAAGUAUGGUUGGUAUCUCAAGCGAUUGGAGACAUUGCCUUUGCCUAUCCAUACUCUCUCAUUCUUAUUGAGAUACAGGAUACUUUGAUGUCUCCUCCACCAGAAAAUCAGACCAUGAAGAAAGCCUCAACAAUAGCAAUCACCGUUACAACCUUCUUCUACCUCUGCUGUGGAGGCUUUGGAUAUGCUGCCUUUGGGGAUGCCACGCCGGGGAACCUCUUGACAGGGUUUGGAUUCUAUGAACCAUACUGGCUCAUUGACUUUGCUAACGCUUGCAUCAUGCUUCAUCUAGUUGGAGGAUAUCAGGUUUUCAGUCAGCCAUUGUUUGCAAAUGUUGAGAAAUGGUUUGCAGGGAAGUUCCCAGGCAGCAGAUUUGUAAAUGACAGUCACACUUUGAAACUCCCACUGCUCCCAGAUAUUAGACUAAACCUUCUCAGGUUGUGUUUCCGAAGUGUUUAUGUUGUGUUAACAACUGGAAUUGCGAUGGUCUUCCCCUACUUCAACCAGGUUUUGGGAGUGCACGGAAGCUUGAUCUUUUGGCCUUUAUCUGUCUACUUUCCUGUGGAGAUGUACUUCAAGCAGAGGAACAUUCAAGCUUGGACAACAAAGUGGGUCAUGCUCCGAACUUUCAGCAUCUUUUGCUUGCUCCUGUCACUAUUCGCCUUGAUUGGCUCAAUUCAAGGACUUAUAAGUGCAAAACUGAGCUGAGAAACUGCAGUCAGCACUCCAUAAGGGAGACAGAGGAUAUACACUUAUAUUUGAUUUCUUGAGGAAUGAUCAUGGCCCAAAUUGUGCAGAAACAAUUGGUAUUGGUUCAGAAAAGUAUGGGAAAAUUAAGUAUUGCUUAUGAUGUAGGCAUCUCUAAAUUUUUGAUGGAGAAGCCUCCUAGUGUACCAUGAAUUAUAGACAUUACAAAUUGCGGCUUUGUAAUAAAAACGAAUUACAAGAACUUAUUCUUUAUUUAAUUUGUUAAAGAGACAUUACAAAUUGCGGCUUUGUA